AUGGGUGAGAGAUUCAAGAAUGGAAAAUGGAAGAGAAUAAUGGAGGCUCCAACUAGUGUUGAGUAUGAUCUAGCUGUGUUGAACAUGCAGGAUUCCUGGCGGGCUUUUCCUAAGGUAAUUGAGUAUUUGAAUGGUACAUGGUUACCCCAUGCGGAAAAAUUUGUCUUAGCAUGGACAAAUAAUGUGCUUCACUUUGGCAACAUCAACAAUUGUAGAGUAGAGAGUGCACAUUCGAUGAUGAAGAAUUGGUUGUCAUGUGCUAAUGGGUCUUUUGACACCGUGUGGGGGAAGGUUAAUGCAGCGAUCAACUCACAACUCACAGAGAUUAGAAACACCCUUGAGGCGUCGAUGCGUACUCAUGGUCAGAUGUGGACCCGACUUCCGUUCCAGCAUUUGAGUGGCCAUGCGUCCCACUACUGUUUAAACCUUUUGGUGAAGGAGGAAACACGGAUGAAGGCGUUAAGUCAUGAGGUUCAUGUACGUUGUGGAUGUGUGUAUAGGACUACACAUGGUCUUCCUUGUGCGUGCCAAAUUUUCGAUGCAAUUCACUCAGACACAUAUUUCGCUCGGCAACAGAUUCAUUCAUUUUGGAGGACACUUAAGAUCAAUGAUGGAGAUCACAUAAUUGAGUUGGCCGACAUAAAUCCCUGCGCACAGGAUACUCAGUUUUUCCAGUCUCUUGUCGAUGAAGUGUCUUCUAGCGAUCCUGCAGUGAUACGCCACAUGUCCCGAAUGAUGCAUAACUAUCUACACCCAGAUAAGGCCGGUUACAUUCAACCCGAACCUAAUAUGUCAACAAGAGGUAGGCCAAAUACUCGACGCAAUAUCAGUGCAUGGGAACACAUGGGUCAUGGCCGAGGUCGUGGCCGAGGUCGUGGUCGUGGUCGUGGUCGUGGUCGUGUUCGUGGACGCGCUCGUGAUGGUCCUCAAAGGGACAUAUCGGAGUUUCGCUACCUAGACAGAAUCCCGGGAAUUAUUGUGGAUUUUGUAGAAGAUUGGAUCGAUGUAAUGGGUGAUGGAAAUUGUGGUUUUCGUUGUCUUGCUGAUUUUUUCCUAGGUGAUCAAGAUAAAUAUGUGGAGGCGAGGAAGAUAAUUGCGAAUGAGGUAGGGGCCAAUAGAUGGAAGUAUCAACAUAUUCACCAUGGUGGUGUCGACGAAGCUAUGAGACGUAUCAAAUGGCCCGGAGGGCAUUGCACAUCAGAUCAUUAUAUGGAAGUGAUGGAAGACUUGUUCCCUAUUGCUCAAUUCUGGAACUGUGCGGUGAUUUUGUUAGGAGUGCAAGGCGGUUCCUUGUAUCCAUGUAUGACAGUUUUGCCUUGGGAUGCUGAGUGCAACGUGACACAACCUAGCAGAGAAAUUUUUAUUCUCCAUCUAAUAGAGUAUAACCAUUUCAUUCGAUUGGAUCUUUCACCUGGUUGUCCUAUUCCUCCUUUAGCCGACUUGUGGUUUAUGGUUCGAGAGCCAAGUGUCAUUGGUUGGGAGCAAAUAUUUCAACAUCGGAUAGCAGAAUGGCAGCAUUUGGAGACUUUGGUGUAA